AUGACGGGAUGUCAGGACGCUGCCUGGAUUGAGGCGCACGAGAAUGAGCCCCCGUCGGAAAUGCCCGCCUCUCAACACACCAGGGAACGCCUCGACAGCGCGCGCAUACAGACGCGCACCCGUGACAGCCCUGGUGUCGCAACACAUUCCUCCGAUCGUGACAGAAGGAACCACGCUGAGACGCAGGAACGUGUUUCGAGGCCUCUCCCGUUGCCGCCGUCGCCGCCGCGUGACCACACCACGUGGGGUCCCUUCUGCUGGACCCGAGUGCCCCCCACCCCCGACCCCAGGCCAGGCAGGGCCCCCGCAUCGAGCCACAGAGCGCAUCGAGCCACAGAGCGCAUCGAGCGCGUCCAGCAUGCCUGUCGAGACAGAAAACCACACCGCGGCCAAAACCUUCCUGCAGCGGCACGCUCACCAUUGCAAGCCGCCACCCCGCGCUACCGCACGCCCUCUGGUGUUGUGACCCAGGGGGCCGCGCCUCAGGGAGAUGGCGCGCCACAGCCUGUCCGGACGCGCGCGCAGAGCCGCGCUCGGGCGCCCGCACGCCGCGACGUGUCAGCGCGCCGCGCAUUGCGAGCGCGUCACGACGGAGGCGGUGUCACAGCGCCCCCUGGGAGCUCAGGGUGGGAUUCCUAUGCUGUGACACGCACAAGUGUGAGUUUUCAGUCUGGAAAAACGCGGUCUUACAGGCUAGGGGCUUAG